AGAAGCAAUGGGGAUUUCAAAACACUUAUCACUCGCCCUCUUAUUACUCUUCCUCCCCGCCGUAUACUCCAUCGGCGUUAACUACGGCACCCUCGGCGACAACCUUCCACCACCGUCUCAAGUUGCUCACUUCCUCAAAUCCCGUACCAUCAUCGACCGUAUCAGGAUCUUCGACGUCAACCCUGAUAUCAUCAAAGCUUUCGCCAACACCGGCAUCCUCGUCUCCGUCACCCUCCCCAACGGCGAGAUCCCUUCUCUUACCGAUCCUCGCAACGCCCGCCGAUGGAUCGAUACCAAUAUCAAACCCUUCUACCCAGCCACCAAGAUCCACUACAUCUGUGUCGGCACCGAGGUGCUCCACUGGGGCCCUCAAAACCUUAUCGACAACCUCGUUCCGGCGAUGAAGGUGCUUCACGCCGCACUCGUUAAAGAAGGUUUUGGAGAUAUUAAGAUUUCUACUCCACAUUCACUGGGUAUCCUUCUCUCAUCGGAUCCACCCAGCAACGCUUCUUUCCGACCUGGAUGGGAUGUCGGUAGUCUAGCUCCGAUGCUCGAGUUUUUGAAAGAAACCAAAUCCGGGUUCAUGGUUAACCCGUAUACUUACUUCGGGUACUCCCCGGCGAAUGCCAACUUUUGUCUCUUCAAACCCAACGCCGGAUUGUUCGAUAAAGCCACCGGAAUAACGUAUACAAACCAGUUUGAUCAACUAAUGGAUGCUGUGCACGUGUCGAUGAAGAAGCUAGGUUACCCAGAUGUCGAAAUCGUGGUGGCGGAGACAGGAUGGCCAUCAGGCGGCGACCCGGCAAACGUCCACGCGAAUCCUGUAAAUGCGGCGGCGUAUAUUGGUGGGUUAAUGAAGAAAGUUAACUCCGGCGACGGAACGCCGUUAAUGCCGGGACGGAAAUUCGAGACGUACAUCUUUGCAUUGUUCAACGAGAAUUUGAAAGGGCCAUCGUUGGAUGAGAAGAAUUUCGGGUUGUUCCGACCCGAUCUCACUCAAGUCUACAAUGUUGGAAUAGAGCACGCACCACUGGCUCCUUCUCCGUCACCGAUGGCCGCCGCAGCCGAUGGACCCAACUCCUCCGCUGCCGAUGCACCGAAAUCCGCCGCCAGUCCUUGGAGAGAUGCUCCUUUCUUUAAUAAAACCAUCCCUUCCACCGGCUCACCGGCGAAAGCUCCACCAACUUCUUCCACCACCACCACAAACACCAAUGUUCGUGCUACAUCUCCAGGAGCCACCAACGCCAAUGUGGUUUUAUCCACCAGGUCUGCGGUGGCGAUCAUUUUAGCCGUGAUUUUGUUGGUGUAGAUUAUAUAUGUUUUCUAUAAUGUUUUGUGAUAUCGCGGCUUACUAGAUUUACUAGAAAACGUUAGAGACGUAGUCACGGAUUCUUUUGGGACUUGUAACUUAACUAUUUAUGCAUCGAUGAUUAGUUUAUUGCUA